GGCACAGGCAGGCAGGAGAACACCAGCUCUAUUUAUAACUUCUUAUUAGUGUGGAGUGUUUUCAAAUGAGGCUGAAAAGAUAAGACAGCAGCAGGAAAAGGUCAGUGUUGGUGGGAGGGGGAGUUACCUAUCAGCAAAUGUGUCUUUCAUUUGAAACAGGAAAAUAAUCUUGAGUGGCAAAGUGAAGUUUAUUCGUUUAGUGAAACUAAGUUAGACGAUGGGGCGUACUCCUAGCGGGGGGACAGAUACAGUAAAGGGGAAACACGAAAUUUCAACAUAAUCACGAGUUAAACAUUGAAUAACAGUAACGCUGCUAGGCAGAAAUGGGGCGCGGUCCCUUUAAGAGAUUCAAAACAAGCGUUUACUUCCUGUAUGUUAGCCAUGGCCUUAAUCUACUUCAGGACUAACAUUAAUUGUGACAUAUUAGCUUUAAAUACUGUAUGAAAGUGUUGCUGACAUUACAAAAGAGACUGCGAGAGGGUCGUAGACGUGAUGUAUUUGUUCUAAGGAUUUGUAGGUUAACGUUGUGUAAUGGCAAGUAGAAAAAGAAAGAUGCUGCCUAUGACACAUGAAGAAGCAGCGCCAGAAAAAGCAAUAAAUAAACAUACAAAUCAGACGGAUUUGACUCUGUAUGUCUCACCUGCUGAGCUGAAGAAUACUUUUGAAUCUAGUGAAAGUGUUGAAAAUGGUGAAGCGGAGCACACCCACUACUUCCCCAAUAAUGACCUGCAUCCACGACUGGACGAGGACUUUUUCAAACAAUCAUGCAUUAGUUUGGCAAAAGCAUUCCUCGGAAAGCAGGUGUUGGUCCGCAGGUGUGCAGAUGGCACUGAGCUGAGGGGGAGAAUAGUGGAAACUGAAGCGUACCUUGGAGGGGAGGAUAAGGCUUCACAUUCAGCAGGAGGCAGACGUACUGAGAGGAACACAGCCAUGUUCAUGAAGCCUGGCACGAUCUAUGUCUAUCCAAUCUAUGGCAUCUACCUCUGUAUGAAUGUGUCUAGUGAAGGGGAGGGGGCUGCUGUGCUGCUGCGCUCCCUGGAGCCCCUGCAGGGUCAGCCCACCAUGAGGCAGCUGAGGGCAGCCAGACGCAAAGAGGGAGCCCGACAACUGAAGGACAAAGAGCUCUGCAACGGGCCCUCCAAGCUGUGCCAGGCUCUAAAUAUACCCCGCUGUUUCGACCGUAGAAACCUAGCUGCAGACCCAGAGGUUUGGCUGGAGAAGGACCCCAACAUAAAUCCAGCAGAACCCCACAAUAUAGUAUCAGUACCACGCAUUGGAAUUGAAUCCCAUGGGGAAUGGGCCAAGAAGCCGUGGCGUUUUUAUCUCCGUGGGCACCCGUGUGUUAGCGUAGUGAAUAAAGAGGCAGAAAGGCAGUAUAUGUCUGGAAAUGUAAUGAGCAAUUGAAUUCCUUCGGAAAUGCAGUCUCACACAGGACAUCACAAUGUCAAAAAGACGUGACAGGAAUAUCCCUAGAACUACUCUGCAAUCUGUUACCUUUGUGGACUUCACCACUUCGGUGGCAUAAAAACUUAAAGAGAAAGUAGAGACAGUAAAAUAACCUCCAUGACUGGUUGACUGACCAAUUUCCAAUCGACAAAAGUAUACAAAUGUUUAUUUUUGUAAAUCUUAAAUUCUCUUCUCAGUGAUUUCACAGAUGUUUGGAGUGCUCUGUUUCUCUCAAAGGAGAAACAGCAUGUUUGAUGUUUAGAGUCUUCCCUUUCUUGCCAUUUCUUCUCCUCGCCUCUGGGAUUGCAGAGUAGGGGGAGCAGGAGGUCUGGAAUGAUCGUUACGCAGUGUGCCCCUCUGUGGCCGGCACAGAUUAUCUAACAUAUCUGGAAAGGCAACUAUGCAAAUAAUCAGAGUUGAGGCAUUUUUGGUAUGUACAAAAUAAUUUAAUAUUGUAAACAAACGUUUGGCUCAAAGGAAAAACAGUUCUGUAAAUCUGCACUUAUUAAUGCUACAAUCGUGUUCAUUUUAAAACAACACUGUUCAGUAGCACUUAGCUGUGAGCACAGCAGGCUCACAAACUGACAUCUUCUGCAGCUGGUGAGAGCUGAUACUGUCCCAUUACUCCAUGGGGGACUGAAAGAUUGAAAUAAUGGGAUCUUCAUGGUUGGUCACCACAAGAACGCUGCGGAACUUGUCAAACAUCGUCUUGAGCUGCGAGCGCCUCAUGUUCUCAUUGUACAUGAUCUCUUCCAGGUGGUGAUGUCCCCGGAAAUAGUGCAGCAGCCUGGAAGCAGUCAACAUAAAAGGCAGAACAGAGUUUUAUUGAAUCAUUAGCUGGGUAAAUCCACCAUGAGACAGAUAUUUUUUUAUUCCUCUAAACAUUUCCUGUUUUGAACAUGGACAGACCUUACAGCUGGCAAAUUAUUUCAAUACCCAGCCGAAAAUUUCCAAGUAGAUUGUCCAGUAUUCGUUGAAUGCAAUUAAUAUAACUUAUUAUUUUCUCACUAAAUCCCCUUUAAAACCUAUCCCAUCUGUUUGGGAUCUUGAAGAUGGGAUAACAGCUGUGAUUGUGUCUGUUUAUUCACAAUGUGUGAGAUGGGUAGAAUAAAAACCUGGUCGCAACGUG